AUGGCCGAGUUGAUUCGAUCCAGACAGAAGCGUGCGGACAGGAUGGUUCGGAGCCGCUGGGUGCGAGACAGCACAUCACCUGCUGGCACCAAGUGCCUAAGCAUUGUGCACAUGAGUGACACCCAUGCAAACUUUUAUGAUGUGCCCGAUGCUGACAUCCUGAUUCACAGUGGAGACUUUACCAAUCAUGGUAUCCACCAUGGUAUGGAGGAGGUCAAUAGCUUCGUGGCUUAUUUCAAAGCUUUGCCCCACAAGUACAAGGUGCUGGUGCCAGGCAACCAUGAGCUGGGCUUGGACAAGCUCGCUGUGGAGGACUUGCGACGCAUGCUUGGGUGCAAACCAGGCAGCAACAUGUUCCUAUUGGUGGAUGAGGCUGUGACCAUCGAGGGCAUCAAAUUCUACGGCUCUCCCUGGACGCAAUGCACCAUGGCCUGGCCCGCGACGACGUCAGCACAGCGCGCGGAGCGCUGGCAGCACAUCCCAAAGGACACAGAUAUCCUGGUCACCCACAUGCCGCCCUACCAGAUCUUUGACUUAGCCUGGCAACCAGAUGGCAAGUUCUACCAUUGGGGCUGCCAAGCGCUCCUGGAGCGGGUGGCGCAGAUUGCUCCAGCCAUGCACUGCUUUGGUCACGUCCAUGAUGAAGUUGGCGUAAAGCCCCUGUCCUUCGAGGGCACUGAGGUGAUGUUUUCCAACGCGGCUAUGGACCUGAAGCACACAGUGAAUGUGUUUGAAUUCGAAGUACCCGUUGAGCUUUCAUCGGAAGCUCAUGCCCCCACCGGGAUCACGACAGAGUUUUCUACUUCGGCAUCGCCUGUUGGAUACUUGCAAGUGGAAGGUCUUGACUUGGUGCUGGAUUUGGAUGCUGCCGAUCCUCAGCAAGAGAUGGUGUUUUUGUGGAAGAAGUUGCCAGGACAUCGCCCAAAUCAACUGUGGCAGUUACAACAGAUGGGGCCUGAAAGGUAUACCUUGCGGUCACUGUGCAAUGGUCAGAUGUUGCGGCAUCUGGGCAAUGGCAUCAAAGUGAGCAGCAAUGAAUUUGCUGAGCAAAUCACUUGGGCCACCGACGGCUUGUUGAUGUCUGGCGGUACUGGCUGUACCGUGCUGCCACCCAAGACCUUGAGGAGUGGUCAAGCCCUCGGCAUCGCUCCGAUUGACUUGAGGGAAGCCUUGAAAUUCACGUUCGUGCCAGUUGAGGGCUGA